AUGAGAAAAUACAGAAAAAGAAUAGAUAUUUUGGAAGAAGGUACAAACCGCUGCAAGAGGGUACAAAAACACUGCAAGUGGGUGAGGGUAUUUAUUAUUCAUUCAAAAUAUAUCUCCGUUUUUGAUUGGCUAAAAGCACACGCAUAAUUCACCAUAGCCAGCCACUGUUGACCAAAUUUGGAAGAAUUUUGCGAUUGAUCAACCGAUGACGUCAAAAGUGCAGCACAGUUGCAGGUUAAUUCACUGUUAACCGAGAAGAAGACCUGGGGACGAGGUUGAGUUGUUUUGGUUGUAAAAACAAAAAUGGUGGACGUUUCACCCGUUGAAAGAGUAAGAACUAGUCGAAAUAGUAGCUAAAAACAUGGCAAGAACAGCAACAGGACAACUCGGAGGGCGACAUCUGCUAUUUGGAGAAUAUUUGCGGAGCGGAAUAACCCUAAACGUGCACUAUCGAAGAUGAACUUAACAUCGAUGGGGGUAAGCAUGUUUUAGCAGGUUUUAGCUAUGUUUUUAUUAUUUUGAAUGUGAAGAAUUAUGGAGAUCUCGGAGGGUGUUAUCCGCCGAGGCCUUAGGUCGAGGCCUCAUUCAUUAGUUGUUAAAUAUACAAAGGAAUGCGUAUAAAAUUAACCCACAAACAGGUGUUUAUGGAAAUGUAAUUAUUGAUGUGCCUAAACUUUAUGGACGACUCAAACUAAUUCAGACUAAUUGCUUAUGAAGAUGGUAAAAGGUCUAUGAUAAACAGGUGGCCUUAGUACUAUAGACCUAUUAACAAAGAGGUUUAACAGUAAAAAGAAAUAUUUACCAUUAUCAAAAAUGGUAUUUGAAGAAUUAAUCAGAAUAAGUGAUAUUCCAAUUAAUCGGAGCAGUAAGAAUUGGGUCUGUUUUAGUUUAUUAUAAUAAUGCAGCAGACUUUUUAGAUAGAUUGGAACUGUUAGGUGGAUUGAUACUGGCUGGAAAUAAUGGUGCCAAAAAUGAAUUCUCACAAAUUGUUCACACAUUGAAGGAAUAUAUAAUCUGAUAAUAUAAAACAUGAAAGAACGAGCAAUCAAUAUUUCAUCCGUUAAUAGACAGAAAAUUGGAAAAAGUAAAGCAGUCAGGAUUUUGUAAUCAAAUUCAAUCCGAUUUUAAAACUGGAAAAUGAUAUGAACAUGAAAUAUCAAUGGAUAAGGUUAGUAUGACUUACGGUUGGCAUAACAUUUCAGAUCAGUAUAGAAAUAAUAAAAUAAAGUACAGCCAAGACAAUGGUCAAAGUUGGGAGCUAAUGUUUUAGAUGGUAUGUAUUCUUAUUCAGACUUGAAUUCUUAUAUUCAUAAAUACAUGUAUCAGCAAACUCAUAGAACUGGAAAAAAUAUCAAAUUAAUCUGUCAUUUGCAUUAUCAACUUGUAGGAUAGUAAUUGAGAUAGGCAGCAAUUAUCAGUUAGAUCUUAGAGAUAGUGAAUUUGGUUAUUUUAAAAUUGGAUUCGAUAAGAAAAUUUUGAAUAAAACAGAAUAUGGAAGUAGGCUACCAAAUACUGUCACAAAUUCCAUAGACAUGAUCCAUAUAAAUGCAGAUACAAUGACAAAUUCUAUUUUAAACGGUGUCAAUACAAAUACAAUAUGCACAUGUGAGCAUGAAUUUUGUUUUUUUUUUGGUAUUAAUUAAUCAUGGAAUAAGACAAAAACCCAAUGUCCUAUAUGUAGAAAAGAUCUUCGAUUUUAAAAGUAUUGUUAAGUAAAUUGAACGCACACAUACAAAAAGAAUCUGUUAUAAUAGUAUAAAUGAAAUUUACUGAUUUGGAUGUUGAAUUUUGUUCAAGUGCAGUUACUAUACAUAUUACAGACGAUGUAUGUUGUGAUUUUGAGAUUAUAGAUGGAAUGAUAGAAGGAACAUAUCCCGAAGUUGAUAGUGUGGUUAGUCAUUGUGAUGUAAAUAUUAAUACCAAAUACGUUUUUGUUAUGGUGUACAAAAAAAGAUGUGGUUUAUAUUGAGUUUAUCAUAGACUGCGUAGCAGGCAUUGACAGGGGUAGGGGAUAGGGAGGAAGGAAAAAAGGGAGGGGGAUUGGGAAGAGUUAGGGUUAGGGUUAGGUGUAGGUUUCGCACUUUUCUCCCUCUCCCCUCCCCCUCACCUUUUUGCGCCUGCCACGCAGGCUAAGUUUAUCACGUAUAUUGAGAAAAAUCGUACCAUAAAAUCCAAACUCUUUUACCUUUCCCCCUCUUUUGCUUCUCCCAAACCCAAAGUUUAUCUUAAUAAGGCAAGAACCCCCAACCUCACAUAAAUUCCCGCAUCCCCCACCCAUUUACCCCUAUUCCAACUCUCAACAUAGAGGAUAGUGCAAAGAUCAAUGAAUUAUAUAAAUACAAGAGAGAAUGAUCUAAUGAUAAUGAAUGAUACCAAUCCACACUCCCCCAACACCUUCCAACCAUACACGAAUGUCUUCUAGAAUAACAUGAUUAUAUAACUCUCGGUUAUGUUUUUGCGACUGUAAAGUGGCCAAAAACAAAAUGCUUAAAAAUUAAAAUAAUAUAUAUAAUUUUAAAUGGGAAGAUCUAAAAAAUAUCUCACUGAAGCAGAGCGAAUUGAAGGUUAUAGAAGAGUCAGACAAAAAUGUUUGAGAGAAAAGGAAUCAUUAUGGUGUUGUGAAUCAUGUGGUGGUGAUAAAAAACUACACAUUACAAGCUAACUGGUUGCCUCCUACUAGUUGGGGUUUUUAAUCCUCAUGUUGUGUUUGAAUUAUUUUGUUUCUAACUAUUUGUGGAGUGCUUAUAAACUAGCUGGAUAAGCAAUCAAGGAAUUUGUUCUUCAAGUAAAUAAAUCAAUAAGCAUGCUAGACGCUUGGUCUAAGGAAACUAUACUAAGAUUUCAAAAACCAUGUGGACUGUCCACUUUAGGGACGAUUCAGGACGCCCUCAACUUAUAUUGUGAUCUUUUUUUAGAAACGCCGGGCAACGAUAUCAACUGGACCAUGUUGUAUCCUCUGUGCGCAAGGAUUGUCGUUCUAGUCGUGGUACUUGUCCUGAAAGUUUGUGGAAUUUCACUUGACGUCUCCAGCAUGGAAGACACGAUAAGGAAAACCGAGGAAGCAAUGAGGGGAUCUUCAAAGUUUGAGAACGGGGUGCAAGUGUUCUUAGAGAGUUGGAGGGACGCUGAAGACUCCAACAUGGAAAAGGCUGAAGCUAUCUUCGACCUCCUACGCGUGACUCACGGCGCUGGAUUUCUGUGGAUGAUCAUCAAGUCUUUGUGCAGUGACAUGGCAAUGUGGAGGUGGAUUAAAACAGCUGCCGUGGUGAGCGCAAUGAUCAUCGCAGCUUUUGCAUCAGGGGGAGUGGCGUUGAUAGCGCUGAUCGCUGUAGCAGUAGGGGCUGCCAUUGAAUUGACCGCGGAUAUAAAGGAAGCGUUAAAGCAUUUAUAA